GCACUUUUUAAGUUUUCCUUUGGAAUUACACCAGAGAUGCGAGACUAUUUUGAAUUGGCUACACUUAGCAAAGAAAAGGUUUCUUUAUUUGAAACAGGCAAUGAGAAUGAUGCAAGCGAUUUUACUGAUCUUCCUGAAAAAAAUGGUCAUAAAAUUUUGGCGCCAUCUGAAAGUGGUAUUUGUUCUUGUGGUGUAGAGUGGGAUAAACGUUCUAUUCAAGAUGAAUGGUUGUACGUAGGCGUGUGUUCAGUUGCGUACUUUUAUUCAAUCCAUGAUGUGAAGGUGUAUUGUAGACCUUGCUCCUCUUGUGCUACGAAAAAGCAUUAUGAUGGCAUUGAAAACAGGAUUGUAUGGUUUGGAUCAUAUGCAAUAUCUCAUGCCGUUCUAAAAGAUUACAUCCUGCUUUUCAUAACGUCGAGUUUACCUAUGUACAAAUAUUAUGUUGCGUAUGUACAAAGGCAAGUGUCUUCGGGUAAUUUUAAUUUCCCAAAGGAAACAACUUACGCCAAGUUUUGUCUCGCUAUCAUUGCCAUGAUACGGUUGCUUAAUAUUGAUUUUGACAAUGGGUUUUUUUGUGAAUUAUGUGGAAGAAUUCCCCAAAAGGUGGUGAUGGAUGGAACAACUCUUGGAAUACAGAAAACUUUCUUACCAAAUAAUUUAAGAGAGUCUGAUACUGGAUUGCUAGAUGGAAGAUAAGUAUUUUUGAAGUUUAUCUGUAAUAUAUAGUAUAUACAGGUCUGCUAAUUAGUAAAUACGAGUGUUCAUCUACGUAUCAGAAAGCAUUUUAUACAUGAUGGUGACUUC